AACGUCAAUUCAACACCUGACAAUAAAAUUACGAAUUGUACCACAACGAAAUUUCAACCAAAAUAAAUCGUGUAACAUUAUUUACUAUAUCUUAUAUUAUUGUAGUGAAAGUGAUUUUUGUUGUGAGUGAAUCUUAAAUAUGAAGAAAAGUGAAGAAAAGAUUCCGAUAAAAAAAGAUUGGAAAAAGUCGAUAUCGAAAUGUUUUAUAAUACCCCAACGCUACGUAUUAGGAAUAAUGGGUUUUUUAGCUGUAAUAAACGCAUAUACGAUGCGAACGACAUUAUCCGUAGCAAUUACAGAAAUGGUAGCUCCAAUAAAUCGAACCGAAAAACAUAUAAUCGAUUCGUGCCCAAAUCCGGACGGAACAUUUACAAACACAGGAACGGUUACACAUCCGGAUAAAUUGUAUAACUGGGACGAAACAACGCAAGGCUUAAUUUUAAGCUCAUUUUAUUGGGGUUAUGUAAUCACCCAUCUUCCGGGAGGAAUUUUAGCUGAAAGAUACGGCGGAAAACAUUCUUUGGGUUUUGGAAUUUUAUCAACAGCGAUUUUUACGAUUUUAACACCAGCCGUUGUUUAUUUAGGCGAUUAUAAAUGGUUAAUUGUUUUGAGGGUUUUAGAAGGAGCUGGGGAGGGUACAACUUUUCCCGCUUUAAACGCUUUGUUGGGGAAAUGGGUCCCUCCUAGUGAAAAAUCAAAAAUUGGUACCUUAGUUUUCGCCGGAAGUCAAAUAGGGACGAUCGUUUCAAACUUUUUAAGCGGUUAUAUUAUUCACGUUACGGAAGAUUGGGCGAGCGUUUUCUAUUUAUUCGGCGGUUUCGGUAUCGUUUGGUUCAUUUUUUGGACUUUUCUUUGUUACAAUGACCCAGAAUCGCAUCCUUUUAUCACCGAGGAUGAAAAACGGUAUCUUAGGAAACAAUUAGUUACAAUUUCAAAUAAGGAUAAAAAGAUCCCUUGGAAACCCAUUUUAACUUCGAUACCUUUAUGGGCUUUGGUAGCCGCCCAAAUUGGUCACGAUUGGGGAUUUUUCGCUAUGGUUACUGAUCUCCCCAAAUAUAUGUCUGAUAUAUUAAAAUUUAAAGUAAAAGAGAACGGGUUUUGGUCAUCUUUGCCUUAUUUGUUUAUGUGGAUUAUCUCGUUAAGUUCCGGGUGGUUAUGUGACCACAUUAUCCAAAAGAAUUACAUGAAGAUUACGUUUGCAAGGAAAUUCUUUACAUCAAUAGCUUCAAUUGGUCCUGGAAUCUUUAUAAUUGGGGCUUCUUAUGCUGGCUGCGAUAGAGUAACCGUGGUCUUGUUAUUUACCAUAGCGAUGGGUUUUAUGGGCACCUUUUAUUGUGGGAUGAAAGUGAACGCUUUGGAUUUAUCUCCGAAUUAUGCAGGAACUUUGAUGGCGAUUGUUAAUGGUAUUGGGGCAAUUAGCGGGAUGAUUACUCCAUAUUUAAUUGGAACUUUAACAGAAGAUCAUUCAUUAUCGCAGUGGAGAUUAGUUUUUUGGAUCACGUUGGGGGUGCUAUUAACCUCGAACGUGGUGUUCGUUCUUUUUGGUAGUGGCGAAGAGCAAUGGUGGAACAAUCCAAAUCAUUCAAAUUUCACCAAAACCAAUAAAAACAAUGUAGAAGCAAAUCAAAGCGAUAAAAACCAAGAUUUGAAAAAUAAAGAUAAAGUAGUGACGAAAAACGAAACGACUAAACUUUAAUCUUUUGUGAUAUUUUUUGUUAUAUUUUAAGAUAAA